AUGGCAAAUAUCUCCCUCGUGCUCUCCAUUUGUCUUCUGGGAGCUUGCCUUGGUGCCAACAGUACAGUCUUCAUCGAGAACAAAGAGGCAAACUCGGUUCUGCACAGGCAAAAGCGAGCCAAUUCAAACAGGCUGGAAGAGGUUAUUCCGGGGAACCUCGAGAGAGAAUGCAUAGAAGAAAAAUGCAGCUUUGAAGAAGCCCGAGAAGUGUUUGAAAACACAGAGAAAACAAUGGAGUUUUGGAAAACAUACAUUGAUGGAGAUCAGUGUGACCCCAACCCAUGCAAAAAUGGAGCCAUUUGCAAGGAUGGAGUAAGUUCCUAUGUGUGCUGGUGCCCAGCUGGGUACGAAGGCAGAAACUGUGAGAUAGACUUCACUUGUGCUAUUAAAAAUGGAGGCUGCAAGCACUUCUGCAGGCACGACCCACCGCAUAAAGUUGUGUGUUCCUGUGCCGCCGGCUAUAGACUUCAUGAAGAUGGAAAGUCCUGUGAACCUGCAGUGCCCUAUCCCUGCGGGAGGAUCACGGCUCCGGAAGUGAAGAACAAGCUCACCCGGGCCAUAAACACCUUUGAGCACUGGAACAUCUCCACCGAUGACCAGGACGAUGCUCACGAUGAGGUGCUUGAUAACAUCACCGAAACCAGCACCGUCGCCACCACGAAAAUCAUCCCGAUAAUUAAGACGGGCACCCGGGUUGUCGGUGGAUCGGACAGCAUGAGAGGCGAGGUGCCUUGGCAGGUUUAUCUGGUGAACAGCCAAGGCGUGGGCUUCUGUGGCGCGUCCAUCCUCAACGAGAAAUGGGUAGUGACGGCGGCACACUGCCUGCAGCCUGGUGACAACGUCACUGCCGUGGCAG